AUAACCUUGAAAUUGACGUUUACUGCGGUCGAAAGUGUGCGGGAUUUAAAUUCUCGAUUUCAGUCGGGUUUGAGUCGUCGUGGAGCGCGAUUCGUAUACUUUCGAAACAAUGAUGACAGAGAUUCAAUUGAAAAAGGACGAACUGAGUCCGGGCAGGAUUCUGCUGGAGGAGACGUUCCAUGUCCUGACCAAGAAAAACUCUGUAUUUCGCGUGCGAUUGACCAGGAACGGAUUGAGCUUAAUCAAAGAGACUGACAAUCAAAUCAAGGAGACCCUGAUCUCCACCAGAGACAUCAUAGGCUGCAGGUGUCUGAGGAGCAAGAAGGAGACCAGCACCUGCUCAUGCCAAUCUCUGCCAAGGGCCACAAUGAAUGCAGUGGAGGAGAACUCUGGUGAGCAGGAUGACAGUGAUGUUAGUGCAUACCUGUACAUCUAUGCAUACAUAAUGCAGUCCAACAAGGGGGUGCCCAUGAAGAGGGAACGCACCAUAAUCACCCUGAGGUUCAGAUCAUUCGAUAAGUAUGAGGACAACAACAAGGAGGCUCAGAGAUGGAGGAUGGUCAUCAAGGAGCUGAUCAAGGGUGACCAGGUGGACAACAUUCCCAGUGGAUUGAAUCACAAUGAGCAGAAGAAGUUGCUGGUGCUCUGCAAUCCGAAGAGUGGUCCAGGCAGGGGCAGGGCUAUCUUCCAGCAAAAAAUUGUGCCUAUACUUCAGGAGGCUGAGAUUGCUUAUGACCUGCACAUGACAAAGUAUGCAAACUAUGCUAGAGAGUUUGUGAGGACAUGCAAUAUAUCCCAGUGGAGUGGAAUUGUUGUGGUUGGAGGAGAUGGAAUAAUAUUUGAAGCAAUAAAUGGAAUGUUCGAGCGACCGGACUGGAGCGAAGUCAUAAAGAAUGUACCGAUCGGGGUCAUACCUGGAGGAUCUGGGAAUGGAUUGGCACGUAGCAUAGCACACGUAGCCGGAGAACCAUACCUAUGCAACACGACCCUGCCGUCGGCCCUGUCGCUCGUGAGGAACAAUUUCGAACCCAUGGACAUAGUCAGGGUGGAAACGAAGUCGCAAAUAGUGUUUUCGUUCCUGUCAGUGGGCUGGGGUUUCCUUUCCGACAUUGACAUCGAGAGCGAAAGGCUGCGGAUGCUAGGAGGUCAGAGGUUCACGAUCUGGAGUCUGGCACGAUUGAUCGGCCUACGAAAUUACAGAGGAAAGGUGUGGUAUAUUCCUGCAAACGAUACGCCAGUCCACAAGGCGAAGGAGAACAAGAAGGGCGACAAUAUCGAAAUUCCAGCGGAAAUCAAUCUAGAAACGCAAUCCGCCCGACAGAGAUUGGAUUCCUGGUACAGCGCGGCAUCGAAACGCAGCGCAUAUUAUUCGAUCACAGCCAACAGCUCGUAUCAAUCUACCGCAGAUAGCGGACCACAAGAGGAAAGCGGAAGUCGCAUGUACGGACCAGCCUCGAAACUUCCGUGCCUCACGGCGGAAGUCCCGAGCACCUGGAAAUGCAUCGAUGGAAGGUUCAUCAUGGUACACGCUUCCUAUCCGAGCCAUCUGAGCGAAGACGUUCUCUUCGUUCCAAACGCUAAAUUGGACGACGGCAUCAUCUGGUUGAACGUGAUCAAAGCGGACACGUCUCGAGCACAGCUUCUGCAGUUCCUGCUGGGCCUCAGCAACGGCACCCACAUAAAUCCCGAGACGCAGGAUAGCGGCAGCAUCCUCAUGCUGCCUGUGCGCGCCUUCCGCAUCGAGCCGGACAUGAGCGAAAGCGGUUACAUAACGGUGGAUGGCGAGCACGUCGAGUACGGUCCCAUCCAGGGAGAGCUCUUCCCCGGAUUGGUGAGAGUCAUGGUUCCAUGAUGUAAGGGCCAUUUGGGCGCCCAAGGUAAUAACAAAUUGAAUUCCAAAACAGUGAUGCUCACCUCGCUCGAGCCAGUUUUAGUGAGAUUCGACACAAUCUGAAUGCAUACGUAAUUAGCGCGAUUUCUUCGAGAAAGAGACAGAUCUAAAAACACAGCAAUACAUCGUUUUGUUUUCGAUAAAACCAAAACCGAGAAAACCGUUUGUUUUUUUAAAAACACACAUGUGAUAACGAAACAUUAAUGAUGCGAGUCAUUCCAAGAGAUGAUUUUCUACGCGUUUUUCAAUCUCCAACGUAAGAGAUUGCAUUUUUUUUUCAUAAGGGUUGGCCAAGUUUUGUUGUUCAUAUUAUAAAACAUUGAUUACUUUAUUUUCAUUUUUGACAAGUUAUAAAAUAUUUAAUUUUUCAACAUUUUUCGAUCUGCAUAAUAAUUAUUGAUUUAAAAAUGUACGAGGAACGUGUAUAUACUUCAAUGAAAAAUUUCCCUUUAUCGAUAUUUUCUGCAAUAUUCAAUUUUUAUAAAAUUUUGAAUUCUACAAAUAAAGAUUCUCAUUUCCUUCUCACUCACUUAUUCUCAUAUCUUUUUUAUUUGUUUUGUAUAGAUUUUCGUAUUUAUAUUAUCUUCAUAUAAUAUUUGAAAAUAUACGAUCAUAAAUAUUUGUUAUUUUUUUCUGUUUACGCAAUCAUCGCUUGUUUCAUAAACAACAAUUGCAUAAAAAUAUCAUCGGUAUCAGAAAAUGCACGUUUCGUAUAACGCAAUCAUCUCAAAUUGCUGUUGCAAAACAAAUUAUAAAUCAUGUUGUAUAUAUAUAUAUAUCUUCGAGCAGAUCAUAACUUCCCAGAUGAAAUAAUAUAUGUAGAAAAAAGAAAUAAAGAAUCAUGUUUUCACAAAAUCAAUGACGUUACAAUCAAAGGUUUCCAUUAAAUCAAUUAGUUAACUUGCAUUAUAAAGAUAUAGAGAAUUUAGUUUACAAUAAACACGCAAUAUAAGCCAUCCCUUAUAAAGAUACCAACAAUUACUAUCAUAUCAUCAACUGCUCAGCAGUAAAAAUAAAUGUUAUUUUUUUCAUAAAAUAUCCUAUUUUCGUAUACUUCUUUUUGUCUAAUUUUAAUUGAAAAUGCAUUAUUGAAUAAUCAAAAUACAAUGACCUCAUAUUACAAAGAAUCUGUUCCUUAGGAAUAAAAUGUAAUUAAUAGUUACUAAGUAUGAAAGAGAUUAAUCGACGCUCUCUCUAAAGUGAGUUAGGAAGAGUUCGAAAGUAAUAAUAUUCGGGGUUGAUGACAAUCGAAGCUAGUUUUAACGCAAUAAGAGAUUUAUCAAAAUAAAAGAAAACAUAGUGUUCAUCGCCCUGCCUAUUAUAUUUGUAAUCGCAUGUUGUUGCACUCUUUUUGUUUUGUUAUAUUACAGGUAUUUCUGUUGUUAGUUGUAAGUAAUUUGUGAAGGGUUAAAAAGAGGUUGUGGAAGGUUAUUACAUAGUUGGACCUGAAUUGUUAAGAAAUAUAUAUAUAUUGUGUAUCGACGUACAGAGAGAAAGUUGGUUGUUGAAUUCUUGCCAAUUAUUCUUAAGGCUAUAUUUUAGUAAACAUUGGUAAUUUUUAAAUCACUAGAGUAAAUUUACAAA